GCUCCUGCGCGGCCCCGCGACCCCCGUCGGGCCGCUGAGAGGCGCGCGGCGUCCGCGCCGCAGCCGUCUAGGGUUCCAGUCCAGGGGCGUCCCCGGCGUCCCCAGCCCGAGUCUCGGAGCGCCGGGCCGCGCCCGCUCCUGCCCCCGCGUCCCGUCCUCGCUGCUGUCCGAGACUGUCCCUUGACUCGGCUUUCCGCACCGAGGGCCGGGUCCUCGCGGCCCAUGGUGGCCGCUGGGGACCCACGCAGCCUAAGUCUGUCUCGGGCCGGCCGGCCGGCCACCAUGGUGGCCCUGAGGCCUGUGCAGCUCCUCCAGGGGGGCUAAUAGACCCAGAACGCGGGCCUAGGGGUGAGAGGGUCCCAGGCCAGAACCCCCCGCCAUGGCUGGAGCCAUCGCUUCCCGCAUGAGCUUCAGCUCGCUCAAGAGGAAGCAGCCCAAGACAUUCACGGUGCGGAUCGUCACCAUGGACGCCGAGAUGGAGUUCAACUGCGAGAUGAAAUGGAAAGGGAAAGACCUGUUUGAUUUGGUGUGUCGGACGCUGGGGCUUCGGGAGACCUGGUUUUUUGGACUGCAGUACACAAUCAAGGACACCGUGGCUUGGCUCAAAAUGGACAAGAAGGUGUUGGAUCAUGAUGUUUCGAAGGAAGAACCGGUUACCUUUCACUUCCUGGCCAAAUUUUAUCCUGAGAAUGCUGAGGAGGAGCUAGUUCAAGAGAUCACGCAGCACUUAUUUUUUUUACAGGUGAAGAAACAGAUUUUGGAUGAAAAGAUCUACUGCCCUCCUGAGGCUUCAGUGCUCUUGGCUUCCUACGCUGUCCAGGCCAAGUAUGGUGACUAUGACCCCUCUGUGCACAAGCGGGGAUUUUUAGCCCAAGAAGAAUUGCUUCCAAAAAGGGUGAUAAAUCUCUAUCAGAUGACUCCGGAAAUGUGGGAGGAGAGAAUUACUGCUUGGUACGCGGAGCACCGGGGCAGAGCCAGGGAUGAAGCUGAAAUGGAAUAUUUGAAGAUAGCUCAGGACCUGGAGAUGUAUGGUGUGAACUACUUUGCAAUCCGGAAUAAAAAGGGCACAGAGUUGCUGCUUGGAGUGGAUGCUCUGGGACUUCAUAUCUAUGACCCUGAGAACAGGCUGACCCCCAAGAUCUCCUUCCCAUGGAAUGAAAUCCGAAACAUCUCCUACAGCGACAAGGAGUUUACUAUUAAGCCACUGGAUAAGAAAAUUGAUGUCUUCAAAUUUAACUCCUCAAAGCUUCGUGUUAAUAAGCUGAUUCUCCAGCUAUGUAUUGGGAACCAUGACCUAUUUAUGAGGAGAAGGAAGGCUGACUCUUUAGAAGUUCAGCAGAUGAAAGCCCAGGCUAGGGAGGAGAAGGCUAGAAAGCAGAUGGAGCGUCAGCGGCUGGCUCGAGAGAAGCAGAUGCGGGAGGAGGCCGAGCGCACGAGGGACGAGUUAGAGAGGAGACUCCUGCAGAUGAAAGAAGAAGCAACGAUGGCCAACGAAGCUCUGAUGCGGUCUGAGGAAACAGCUGACCUGCUGGCUGAAAAGGCACAGAUCACGGAGGAGGAGGCCAAGCUUCUGGCACAAAAGGCUGCAGAGGCUGAGCAAGAGAUGCAGCGAAUCAAGGCCACAGCCAUUCGGACAGAGGAGGAGAAGCGCCUGAUGGAGCAGAAGGUGCUGGAGGCUGAAGUGCUGGCGCUGAAGAUGGCUGAGGAGUCAGAGAGGAGGGCCAAAGAGGCCGAUCAGCUAAAGCAAGACCUUCAGGAAGCCCGAGAAGCAGAGCGAAGAGCCAAGCAGAAGCUCUUGGAAAUCGCCACCAAGCCCACAUAUCCACCCAUGAACCCAGUCCCAGCGCCACUGCCUCCUGACAUACCAAGCUUCAACGUCGCUGGUGACAGCCUGUCAUUCGACUUCAAGGAUACUGACAUGAAGCGACUCUCCAUGGAGAUAGAGAAGGAAAAAGUAGAGUACAUGGAAAAGAGCAAGCAUCUGCAAGAGCAGCUCAAUGAACUCAAGACGGAAAUCGAGGCCUUGAAACUCAAAGAGCGGGAGACAGCCUUGGACAUCCUGCACAACGAGAACUCGGACAGGAGCGGCACCAGUAGCAAGCACAAUACCAUUAAGAAGCCUCAAGCCCAAGGCAGAAGACCUAUCUGCAUUUGAGUCUUCAAACUCACUCUGCAGAGCGCCAAGUCCCGAGUGGCCUUCUUUGAAGAACUCUAGCAGUGACCCGGCCACCUCAGGAUCUGCUACUUCUGUUCCUGACAGCGACAGGAUGGGCCUGACCCCAUGGGAACCAUCAGUAGGGGGCUGGCUUGUUUGGGAACUCUGAGUAGAGGGCCCAAUCCCCUUCGUGUGCAGUUGGUUUUGAACUCUGGCCUUGUAGAGAUCUCUCAAGGUGUUCUAGUUCUCCUGG